GCUGACUUUCUGGUGGAAUUCAAGCCGGAGAACACCAAUAUUUACCUGAUCCUAUCCCUGAGUGGAGGGACUCUGGGGAUCCAAAGCGUUUUCCAUAGGGCGCCCACAGACGCGUCCCCCUGUGCAGCCGGAGCCGUGCGGAGGCCUUGCCAGGUGGGCGGGGCCCAAGCUGCCAUUGGCGGCUUCGAAAGCGCCUCGGCGGGAACCGCUGCAGACAAGGAGGCCGAUGCGGACUGAAUGGUAUGCUACAGAUCACUCAGAAUUAGGAAUCUUUGGAAGUGCUAAGGAUUGUCACAUCUUGCCAUUGGUUAUCCCACCCUGAAUACCCUGAUCUCCGAAGCUUAUAGCAGCAUCUAGCCUGUCAUGCUGUGGUUUUCAUUGCCUUUUUAAAUGAACUCGACUGGGACUAGAGAGGCAGCUCAGCUGGUGGAAUGCUUGCUUUCAUGCGGGCCACGGAGAUGGAUGAGAAUACUGCCGAGUUCCUGCGGAGGCUCAUCCUAAAAAUCCCUCUGUGUGAGAUGAAGCCCAUCCUAGAAGCCUGGGACUUCUUGUCUGAAGGCCAACUGCAGACUGUAAACUUGAAGCAGAGAAAGGAAUUUCUCGCCCAGGAAGUGAUUCUGCUGUGUGAGAAGCAGUGUGCAAGUCUUGAUGACGUGGCCCUGUUAGACAUUAUGUAUACUCAGUUUCAUCGGCACCAGAAGCUUUGGACUGUCUUUCAGAUGAGAAAAGAACCAGGUGAAGAAAUUGACUUUUUUGAUAUGGAACAGUUCCAACAUUCCUUUAAGAGAAUUCUUCAAAGAGCAUUAAAAAAUGUUACCAUCAGCUUCAGAGUCUCCGAGGAGAAUUCGGUGUGGAUUCGGGUUGCCUGGGGAACUCAGUAUUCACAGCCAAACCAGUACAAGCCCACAUUUGUGGUGUACUAUCCCCAGACCCCGUAUGUCUUCAUUUCUUCCAGCCAUCUGAGGAGCACCGUGCCCCUUCUCCAUCAGGCACUGAAAGUCGCCAGCAAGCACCAUCAGAUCGUGCAGUUGGAUCUGAGAAGCCGGCACCUGGACUCACUCAAGACUAUUGCUUUCAGAGAGUAUAAUCAGACCUCUGAAAAUUACAACUCCACAAUGUCUUUGCAUGAAAGAAGCCUUGGACUAGAGAUAAGUUUGGAUUCAAGGAUCAUUCAUGAAAACAAAGAAGAAAAAGUGAGAAUCCACAGAGUCACUCAAGAGACCUUUGGAGCCUAUCCGCAGCCACAGCUGGAGUUCGCCCAGUACACGCUGGAAACCAAGUUCAAGAGUGACCUAGGUCGGGGCAUCUUGGCUGACAGGAAAGAGCCUCUCCGGUGCCUUGUAAAGUUCUCCAGUCCACAUCUUUUGGAAGCACUGAAAUCCUUAGCACCAGCCGGCAUAGCAGAUGUGCCACUUUCUCCCCUGCUCACCUGCAUACCAAGCAAGAAAAUGAAUUAUUUUAAAAUUAGAGAUAAAUGAAAUACGUUUGGCUUAGCUUUUUUAUUGCCCAUGCCUUUCCAGUUGUAGCUAACUGUGCUUAUGUUUUAGAAACCAAUCCUUAGCAUUGGAAAUUCAAUGUUUUUAAUGUAACCAUUGGGACUGAAUCUGUCCUCUGUGUGUGCAUGCGCUCUCUCCUAUUAAGUACACCAGCUGUGUACUUAAUGUGUGUACGCAUGCACACGCACACAUGCACAAGUAUGCACAGACAUACAGUCAACCCUGGCACUCACAGAAGUCCAGCAUAGGAACAGUAGUUGAAUCUGUAGAUACCUGCUGUUCUCUCUCCUGCUGCUGCUGCUGCUGCUGCUUAUCGUCAGAAGUCUGUUUCUGUGGACUCCCUGUUACACCCUCCAUCACAAAUAGAAGAACCAAGAAAUUACCCAAUCCCAAACUAGGAGAAUCAGAGGGGAGCUGGGGGUGACUGCGUGAGGCUGCAUGUCUAACAGCUUCUUUGUGUAAAAUAACGUUCCUAUUGUACAUAUGCUUUCCAUGCAACACUGAAACUGAGCAUCACUGUUACACUGAUUUGUGAAUAAAGAGACUGACAAACUGGC